AUGGAGUCCCCAGAACGUUUAAGCUCCUCAUCCAGUCCAGUGAAGUCCACAACCCCAUCACCCAACUCAAAAACACACAACACACCUAGAUCUAGAAGUCCUGGUUACACACAGACCAGGAAACCUGCUGGAGGAUCAUCUCGUCCACUUCCUUCACCGGGAUCUGCUCCUUACAAAUCCCAUCACAUCCUGACGCUGAGAGACCUUGAGGACACCCGUCGGCCUCGCAGGCUCUCAUCAAGAAGUCGCUGCAGUUCCUCACCAACUGAAAGCGACCCAUCUGUACCAAUAACCCUCCGCUCUGGUGGACCCGUCCACUCCAGAUCUGCCCUGUUCAGCUCCCCUCCAAGACCAUCAAACUUCGGAUCAGCUUCUCCUCCUUUAUCACUACAAAACUCAACAUCCCCAGUAUGGAACUCUCCUCCUAGAUCCAGCUCUAGCAUCUCUGCAGAGCAUUCGCCUCAACAGCAAGCAAUUACUCACUCCCCCAGGGGGCGGCAGAACUUCAGAAUCACAACUCCAGUGUCUGCAGAGGUUCCUCAAGAUUUCUUGGCGUCAUCUGAGGCAGAAGAUGCAGCUGUGGCCACAACGAAUGGGAUCUCACUUGCUCCUGAUAACCUGGAGGAGGAAGUAUCCCACCUAAUGUCUCAGGAGCUGCCGUACACUGUGUUUGACACUGAUACAGAAGUAGCUGUGGCCUCCAUGCUGAACGCCAAGCUAGAGUUUGAUGAAGCUCUGCUCUCUGAGAAUGUUGCACUUCACUGUGGAUCACAAGGAGGUCGAGGGGAAGUGGAGAACGUGGUGCAGGAUGUACAGAUCCGGGAAGACAAUCAAGAGGAUGGCUUUGAAGAUGAAGGCUCCAGCCAUUACUUAAAAUUUUCACGUACAGUGGUGUGUGAUACAGCAGGUGGCUCAGACACCUCCAGCCAGCUCCCUUCAGCACAAUCAAUCUCUCAGUUGGAUGGGGCAGACGGAGGGUCAGAGAGUGAUGAAAGUGAGGAUGUUGAUGAAGAAACUAAACUUCACACAUAUAAUACACCUACAAAACAGUUAACAGUCGCUUUAAAGAGACUGGAGUCAAUCUACACUGAGUCAAAGUCCAGCACUGAGGAACAAACAACUGAACCAGAGUUUCAGGAAAUUUUCCCACCUCCUGAUAUUAUGGAUUCAGGUUACAUCAACAAUGAGCUGUCGUUACAGGAGGAGGAGGUGGUGGUGACAUCACCCGUGCAAACAUCUCAAAAUGAAGUAUUUUUGGACACAGUUACGGGUCAGUUUGUUUCUGCUGAAGAUGGCUCUGUUGUACACUCGAACCAGACUGAGGUUGAUGACAACGAUGACAGUAGCUCAUCAGCUGACUCAGUCGAAGAAUUUCAGGACGAUUUAAAUGAUCCUGAUUAUGAUCCUAAUCACUCUCCAGAGUCCAAAACCAAAAAAUCUACCAUAUCACAAAUUAAAACUGUAAUAGUGAAGUCAAAACAAACUACAUCAAACCCCAGGCAGCUGUUUCCAAAACCUCAGUACCAGCCAAAAAUCAAUGUGCCCUUGCCUCUACGACCCAGUCUGCUUGUAGAUAACAUUUCUGUUUCCGCUGCUCCUGCAACUAUCUGUACAGUCCCACGCCCAGUCACCUCCCCUAUAAUAAUCAAUGGCCUAAACGCUUUACCCAUUCAGCCAGGGGCUACACGAGGCAGAGCUAUUGCAAUCCGCUUAGACAGCUCCAAGCCAGAGGGUCAGCAGCAGCAGAAAGUGGUGAUUCAGAGUCCGGCUGAGGCAGCAAGCUCACCCACACCACAGACUCCUGCCCGUCAGGUCUUGCUCGUCAACCGACAGGGGCAGAUUCUCAUCAAAGACCCCAGAACAAAUACUUUUCAGACACUAGCUUCAAACUCACCUGCAUAUAAUAAAAUUAGCCAGGUUGCUAAGAUUCUCCACAGUGGCUCCACUUUGCAUCACUCUGUUCCGACACCUCGUGUCAUAAUAAAACCUCAGGCCAGUCCUCCGGUCCAAAACGUCGCUUCUGCCAGUAACCACACAACCUCACAAAGAAAAUUCAUUUUCAGAGUGAUACCUCUGAAAAACAACGCUAAUCCAGCUGCUUCAGUUCCUAUCAGCAUACAGACUGCUCCGCCAGCUAAUUUUCCGAACAUUGAAGAAAACACUGCCCAGGCUAUCAUUGACAGAGCGAUGGCUACUCACCGGGACGCACUGAGGCCAAAACCCAUCAUUCUCACCAACACUCGGGUGCCAAAAGCCGCGCAUCCAAAUCCUUCCAAGGUUCCAGAUGCAGAAGACUCGGAUCGAUCAUCAUGCAGUCGGUCAGACUCCCCCAGUGUGUUUCCUAAAGAGCAAACAUCAGUUUUAUCACGUAAUCAAGUGAGAGUCAAAAGAGUGUCCUCGGUGUCUGAAAGGCCCUCCAGGAAGAAGUCUAAGAUAGACUUCUUGAAGGAUCCAUCAACUGAGCUGGAGGAUGUUCAGGAAGCAAGGAUGAGUGGUGUUAGAAUGAAGGCUCCAACAACAAAAGAUGUUCUCGAUCUGGACCGGGAGAGCAAGACUAAGGUGGAACCGUUGAAAAUCAUUGCUCCACCACUUCCUACACCUUGCAGGCGUCCUCAGGCUGAGAGUCCAUCUACUUUCCCACAAACCAACAGUUGGCCUGAAGGUAAAACGCAUACGUGGGUCAGUGCUCGCCACGGAGACCUCUCUGAAUGGGGCCCGUAUACAGGUUUUAGCUCAGAAGAAGAUGCGCCUGCACUUAGACACAGGAAGAAGACGUACAUGAAUCAGCCCCACCUGCGCUUUGAAAUCACCAGUGAUGACGGCUUCAGUGUUAAAGCGAACAGCAUAGAAGUUGCCUGGCGUGCUGUGAUUGACGGCGUCCUUGAAGCUCGAGCAGGCUUUCACCUGAAGCAGCUUCCUCUGGGUGUGAUGAGCGGCCCGCGGGUGCUUGGCGUUGUCCAUGACGCUGUCAUCUUCCUGCUGGAGCAGCUGCAGGGCGCCGCCAACUGCAAACGCCACCGCUUCCGUUUCCACUGCUGUGAUGACAUUGAGGAAGAGCUUCCCCUCAAUCCAAGUGGCUGCGCACGAGCUGAAGUCUACACACGGAAGGCAACAUUUGACAUGUUCAACUUCCUGGCAUCACAGCACAGAGCACUCCCUGACCUUGCAGGCCCGUUUGAUGAAGAUGAGGAUGAAUUCCCACUGAAAGCCUCUAGGAGAGCCACGAACAGUGAGCUUCCCAUGGCAAUGAGGUUCAGACACCUGGAAAAAACCUCUAAAGAAGCAGUAGGAGUUUACAGGUCUUUAAUUCACGGUCGUGGGCUUUUCUGCAAGCGGAACAUUGAGGCUGGAGAGAUGGUGAUCGAGUAUGCUGGCACGGUCAUUCGCUCUGUCCUGACUGAUAAGCGGGAGAAAUAUUAUGACGGCAAGGGCAUCGGCUGCUACAUGUUCCGCAUUGAUGACUUUGACGUGGUGGAUGCGACGAUGCAAGGCAACGCAGCCCGUUUCAUCAACCACUCCUGCGAGCCGAACUGCUACUCUCGCGUCAUCAAUGUGGACGGCCGCAAGCACAUAGUCAUCUUUGCCCUGAGGAAGAUAUACCGUGGAGAAGAGCUCACCUACGACUACAAGUUUCCCAUUGAGGACGACAACAAGCUGCACUGCAACUGCGGAGCGAGACGAUGCCGUCGCUUCUUAAAUUAAAACAUAACGCAAACAAGUAUUCCAUAACAAAAAAAGCCAUCUUAUUUAUUGAAAUUCUGACAGUAGCUGUGGUGGCAAAGCCGUAAGGUGGAGGUCAUUUGAUCCACAAAACCUUCAUUUGACAAGCACGUUUGUCCAUGUCUGUCCUCGGAGCGGCUCUUAGCAGUCAUACGAAUGAAAUCGGAGCCAUAUGUCAAAGCUUGUUGUUUUUUUUUUUUGUUUGUUUUUUUUUGGAGUCGUCUACUGUCUAGCCAUCACAGAUUUAAUUUUCUAUAAUCUGUCAUCAGUGGCUUUGCUGGAACUGGGUCUUGCAGUGAUUACCACUUACAAGCGGCGCACACAAGUAUAACCUGAAUGCAGUACUGCGUAAAGAGGGAUCCACUCCUGUGCUGGUGACAGUGUCUCUGUAAAUACAUGAUCAAAGAGGAGGAUGAGGAGAAUUUAUUCAGCACCUUACUUUGAUGCAACCUUCAGGCAGGCAGGCAGGCAGGGCAUGUUUUUAUUUCCACAGUAAACACAUAAGACUCAAAGCACCUUGUGUACAUUGUAGAGCAGCUACGUUUUAUCUCCACUCUGGUGUGCAGGGACUUCAGUAUAUUCGGUGCUGGUGACAUUUAUCCAAAAAGGUAGUUUUAAUAGUCACCCAAACUGUUUUCCUUCUUCAGUCAGUUGAUACUUUCUCUUUUUAUUUGUAAUAGCAGAAAUGCUGUGAUCUGAAUGCUUUACCCCACUAUUAGUCUGUUCUUUAUCUGCUUAUUUGUGUAUUUCAAGGCUCAUGAGGGAAUGUUUUCACCGCAGGGUUCAACACAAAUAUGGUGAUCUUACUCUGCACAAUCCCUUCUAUUUUGUAUAUUUGAACAAUAAAUGGAUAUUCAACAAA